ACGGCGAAACGUCGUCUCCGGGUGAACGAUAGUUCUGACAGCAGCGAAACAGUUAAUGGUAGUUAGCGACAGUUGCUCUGACAAACCCUUUGAGGAGUAACAAGUGUUUACUCCUCACAAGUUUACUUUUUAACCUGUGAACGAGUGUUUGUUUUCAAACUCAAACUUUCUUUAGGGAUUCCUAGAAUACCUACAUUUAGUUUAAACCAGUUUAACGCAUUUUAACGAACUUUUGAAGCUCAAUUCUGAGAACAAGAGCCCCGUGUGUAGAAUGUGCUGAGAAGGGGCCGUCGGAGCGGGACAUCGGGAUGGCAGAGCCGGCGGAGCGGACCCGUCACCUGAACACGUCGGGCAGCCCAUCAGGUGGGAGCAGCGGAGACGCGUUGGAGCAUCUCCCAGCCAGAAACCGAGGCCGACCGGAGAACGGCAGCAGGGGGCGACAGAGGGCGCAGAAGCAGCGGCAGCGGGCGGAGAGCUGCGGGGACAUCAACACAGACAAGUUGUGGCAGCGGAGAGGCGGACAGAGGGGGGUGUGCCCCAUCGCAGCCCGGCCCCAGAUGAAGGCUGACGUCCAGGCGGCGGGGGACGGAGAGCACAACCCGCUGGAGGAGACCCUGCAGCAGGAGGACAGUCACAUCGACUCCGACACCGGCUUGGACGCGCGUCUGGGCAAGAAGCGGCACCGGCGCAGGACCUCCAAGAAGAAGCGCAGCUGGAAGCCGUACUACAAGCUGAGCUGGGACGAGAGGAAGGCUCUGGAGGAGAAGGAGACGGCCCGGGCGUCCCGGCUGAGGGAGGAGAUGUUCGCCAAGGGGCUCCCCGUGGCCCCCUACAACACCACACAGUUCCUCAUGGACGAGCACGACCGGGAGGAGCCCGACCUGAACACCGAGGCCGGGGUCAGGCGACCCUCGGGGGUGGGCAGCCGCGCGGAGGACACCGGCAGCGAAGAGGAGGUUUUGGACAACAACAACGAGGAGGAGGACGAGGAUCCCGGCAGCGGGGGAGGCAGCGACGGCAUCGGGAGACCCGGCAACGCAGGCGGGGAGUUUCUCCAGAGAGACUUUUCCGAGACCUACGAGAUGUACCACGUCGAGAGCCUGCAGAAUAUGACCAAGCAGGAGCUGGUGCAGGAGUACCUGGAGCUGGAGAAGUGCAUGUCCCGGCUGGAGGAGGAGAACAACCGGCUGAGGCGCGCCGUGGAGCCCGGGGGUCUGACCGUGGAGAGCUCCCUGGUCCGGCUCCGGGAGCUGGAGCGGGAGAUGGAGAGACUGAGGGCCCAGAACACGGAGCUGCUCCUGCAGAGCCGGCCCGGCAGUGACAGGGGCCAGGUGGCGACCAAUUAAAGGACGCAGGUCACGUGGGGGGUGUGGGUGGGGGGGGGCUUUUCAAAAAGGUAAAAUAUGGGACUGCUGCGUUAAAAAAAAAAAAUCAGUUUUCUGUAAUCAGUUUGUCAUCUGGACGACACGUCCCCGCAUUGCAAUGCAAUACUUGCCGUUUCUUUUCUAUUUGGACUGUAAGGGUGUCCUGUUCAAUUUUCCUUUUUUCCAAGAAGAAAUGUAAAUAUUUCCCAAAAAGAAACGAGAUUCUUUUUUUUUUUUUUAUAAAGAGAAAGUAUUUGACAACACGAUAAUAUUUUGUUCGUUUCCCGGAUCAACUAAUCUACUGUUCCGUACUUUGAAUUUAAAAUAAACAUGUAAUGUUGCAAUUUCCUCAAAACCGAAAUAACAAAAUUACAGCUAAUUGGGGGUCAGCUUUCAAAGACUGUUUUUGCAGAAGUCAAUUCCGGAGUGAAUAUUUUAACAGUUGUGUGUUAACAAUAAGUUCAAAUAAAAAAUAUUUGAAA